UUUUUGAGGGCGGAUGUUUUGAUACCAUCGUUACGCGAUGGUUUCGACUGAUGGCAAAGCUACCAUUCUGAAUUACGUCAGGAAUUGCUUUGCUUCAGGAGAUGACUCAGGAUUCUGCGAAAGAUUAAUUGGAAAAGUUGAAAAUGUUACAGAUGAAGAAAUUGAGAGGAUUUUAAGCGGGCAAUAUUUUAACGAAGUUGUAAACACAGAAUCCGAUUAUUUUUAUAGGCAUUCUCCAGAAUAUGCUUUUGUGCCUUGUGAAGAUCCGUUAAACUUGUUUUACUCCAUUAAUAACUUCGAGAACUCUCAGCAGUCGUCUCUUUCGCAUAAAAAGAAUGCAUCCACUGUCCAGCAACUUUCUGCUGAAGAAAUCGAUAAAUAUUUUCCAUCGAAACCAAUAGUUCGAACAAAUAAGCAGAGUACAACAUGUGGUUCAGAAAACAAAUCUGGUUUAACAUUAGCACUAGAACAAGCUAAACUAAGUGGACAAUUAAAACGGAAUAAACUAUUCUCAGAUUAUGCUAUCUAUGAUGCACGAUCAACACUCAAUACCAACCGAUCUAAUUCAAAUAAUUGCUUUCUCGAUACAAAUAUAGAUCCUUCUUUGCGUCAAUUCAAUGUUUGGCUUUGGAGGCUAAAUGGUUUUCCUCGGAUAUCAAUUAAAGUACAACCACGAUUAGGUACUACAGUGCAACAGUUUAUGGGACUUACUUUAUGGCAAUAUUUUAAUGAGUUUUCAACAUCCGAUAGUGGUGAUUCGACACUUACGCCAAGUCUUUUAAAUAAUUUAGACGAAUCAUUUUUAAAUCGUUUAGCAUUACACAUGUUUGACACAUUAGAUGAUAAUAAUGAAUGUGACAAUGAAGAAGAUGUUGAUUCCGAGUUUCCACCACUUGAAUUAACUGAUCCAAUUCAUAAAUAUCAAUUUCAAUCAUUUGCUCUUGUUGAACGAGUGGAAACACCAUUAGAAGAAGUUUCGAAAGAGGAAAUUUCACGUGUAUUAGUCACAAUACAUAUGGCUCAAGGUAUGAGUGUACUUCGAUUCCCAUCGGAUACUUGUUUAAGUACAGUGCUAGAACGUGCUGUACAUCGUCGACGUUUACGUCAACAUGGUGGUUAUGCUUAUCGAUUGGAAUUGUGGCCAAGAAGCACAGAUCAACAGAAUAUGACUAAUAUAAAAGGCAACAACUUGAUGAUUACACAAUCAGUGAAUAAAAAUUGUCAAUUAGAUUUAAAUAAACCAUUGAGUUAUUUUAUCGCUGCUGGUUUACCGUUACACUUUCUUCUUGUUCGUGAAAACAGUCGUUAUGAUACAAUUUUCCCAGAUCAAAAUGAUGAUAUCGAAUCAAGCAAACCGUUAGAAUCCACACCGUUACCAUUAGAUACAACAUUAGAACCAGUUCGUACAGCUUUACAAUUGAGACAAUAUCAAGUGACUUACUUAAAAGGUCUUUUUCCAUCGGAAAUUCAAUUAAACAUUUCAUCCAAUGAAGUGAAACUUGAACAAAAACGUCCAAAAUUAUUUUCUAAAUUAAUGAAAUCAUUAAUUAUACAAAUUAAUGCAAUUGCUGAUUGUGAAUUAAUCACAUCGGCGGCCUAUUCAGCAUCAUCAUCAACAACAACUUGUGGACCACCACCACCACCACCACCAUCAUCAAUGGACAAAUCAUUGACUAUGACCACCAAACAACUAUCAUCAACAGCAGCACCGCUGUCGACGCCGUCGCAGCUGUCAUCCGUUGAACAACAACAACAGCAACAAUCUUCAAAAUCAUUUCUAUCACGUAAAACUCAAUUUAGAAUUGUUUAUAUUCCUAAUUUCGAUACACAUUCCAAUUGGAUAACUUCACAAUUGACAACUAGUGGUGCUAGUGGCCGAUCAAUCAGUACUAUUGGCCAACAACAACAACAACAGCCUCAUGUUCUUCUACAACCGACAUCUACAUCGACUGCUGCGACGUGUCUCGAACAACAUUCAUCUGAAGUCAAUAAUACUAGUAUGUUAAGUACUGGUACUACUACUAUGUUGAAUACCUCGAAUACAUCAACUGCUAAUAUUACAACUACAACUACUACUACUGCCAAUACUACUAUUGUCAAUAAUAGUAGUAACAGUAGUAAUAAUGAUAAUACUAAUACUACUACUACUGCUACUACAAAUACUAAUCAUAAUGGUAGUUUAUUUCAACAAUUAUGCUUUGAAACACAAUGGGCACGAGCUAGAGCUAUAUGUGAUCAAUUGAAUAUUAUUUUAGAAGUAUGCCAAAGUCAAUCACGUCAAUUGUAUUAUUUACAACAAAAAUCUAUUCGUUAAAUUGAAGCGCACUACUUACUUACUUACUUACGUACUUUACUUUGCUUACGCCUAUUGCACUCCUCAAUGAAGGAGCAUCAUAGGUAGCCGACCCAUAUUUAUUCUCGCCAACUUACUCUUGGGCUGGGCUUCCAUUUCCAGUUCCGUUUAUUCUUCUCAUGUCUGUCCCCGUUUCUCGGUCGUGAUGUGCGUUCCUUGGCCGUCGCAUACAUACAUACGACAUGUAUAUAUAGAUCCGUCGUGGUUUCUUUUUUCAAACGAAACUUUUUAAAGAUUAUUUUUUUGAAAUUAACUAUUUUAAUUUCAGACCAGUUGUUGUAUCUUCUUCUUAUUUUUUCACAGUGGAUCGUGUUGACUAAUUGAUUUUGUUAUUAUUGAACUAACUAUGUGAAAUCGGAUGAUGAGUAUAUUCUUGAAUUGAAAUUUUGACCAUAGAAUUCAUGUGUCUAGUGUUGAAAAUCAUU